AGAAUGAAAUUCUGGCGACGUCUAUCGCGUGGCGACGUCUAUCGCCGCCUUCUCCUUUCUUGGACGAGGGGUCGCUCGUUCGGUGCUUGUUCCAACUUGCAAGUGAUCUCUCGCGAACAGUCAGCAAUGCGGCGGGCAGUGAGAGCCGUCGCCGCCGCCGCGGUCAUCUCGAAGGCGACGACGAAAAUUUCUCGGGUCGCCAAGCCACCGAACUCGGUCUCUCCUCCGGCCUGCCGUUUCCUUCGCUCCUCUCCUGUUGAGCCCUCGAGUCUGCUUUACCAGACUAUUUCAGGUAUGCGAUUUGAAUCGGGAUCCAGAUGGUCAUUUGACCACUCUUCGCUUCUUCCGGCCAUCUUGUUGAUGGGUGCCUUCGGUGCCGGAACGAUACGGACAUCUUUUGCUGAUGCCAACGAGGAGGAUCAAUAUCGCCCCGCCGCGACGCAUUCCGCUACUAACUCCGACGAAGUAAAGAAAAUGGCCAGUCAAGAAAGGCAACGAUUGGAGGAGUUACUGCGAACAAAAAAGAUGGAGAAUGGGUCGUACCCUCAUUACUACCUUUCUGUAAAGGGCCAAAAGGUCACUCUCAAGUUCCAAGUUCCCCCUUCAUGUGAGUGGUCACACCUGAUUGUGGAUAUUGUCAAGAACCUUGGUUUCUCACCUGAGACCAAUGGUGGUGGUGCAGAAAUGUUAUUACGUGCUUGGGAUAGUGCAGCUGCAUGGCAAAUAACCCUUAGUCCUUCAGCAAUGAAAGAAGUUACCGGAGAAAAGAAUGACAAUGAUCUCUGCAUCCUGAUUUUUGGCUCCCGAUUGGAUGCUGAGCAUUGUGAGAUUGAGUUCAUUAAGCAAGGUAGUUUCAGUGCUUCUGAGCUUGAUACUGUCGUUGGUGCAUUAAAGUUAGCUGGUGAGAAAGGUGAUCCCAAAAAAUCAUCAAGGGACCAAAAGGAUUCCAAGAGAGGCUAUAAUUACAGCAAACACACUGAAAAAUUCUCUGCUUUAGAGGCCAUGGGAGUACGAGUAUAUGGACAUGAUGAAACUUCAGGUGUCUCUGGUGAUGGCUCGAUAUCAUGGGACAAUAUUGCAGGAUAUGAGGAGCAAAAACGUGAAAUAGAGGAUUCUAUACUGCUGGCAUUGCAACGCCCUGAAGUAUAUGACGAUAUUGCUCGUGGAACUCGUUGUAAAUUUGAAUCUAAUCGACCACGAGCUGUGCUUUUUGAAGGGCCUCCAGGAACUGGGAAAACGUCUUCUGCUCGAGUAAUUGCUAAACAAGCUGGAGUUCCCUUGCUAUAUGUUCCUCUAGAAGUUAUCAUGUCAAAAUAUUAUGGUGAAAGUGAGCGCCUGUUGGGGAAUGUAUUUUCUCUUGCUAAUGAACUUCAAAAUGGAGCAAUAAUAUUUCUUGAUGAGGUGGAUUCUUUUGCUACUUCACGAGAAAGUGAUAUUCAUGAAGCUACCCGCAGGAUUUUGUCAGUACUAUUGCGCCAGAUUGAUGGUUUUGAACAGGAAACACAAGUGGUUAUUAUAGCUGCAACAAAUAGAAGACAAGAUCUGGAUCCUGCUCUUAUAAGCCGCUUUGAUUCUACCAUUAUGUUUUCCCUACCGGAUUUACAAACUCGUGUCGAGAUAGCUGCUCAAUAUGCAAAGCACCUGUUGAAGACCGAAUUACUACUGCUAGCUUCCGCUACAGAAGGCAUGUCUGGAAGAGAUAUCAGGGAUGUCUGUCAACAAGCAGAACGGCAUUGGGCAUCAAAGGUGAUAAGAGGGCAAGCACCAAAAAAUGAUGAAGGAACACUAAAACUUCCACCUAUUGAGGAGUAUAUUCAGUGUGCUGAGAAGCGCCGUGAAGCUUUGUUAGUAGCCGCCCCCACUGUAUCUCAAAGCUCCAGGUUUAUGUGGAAGCCCUCUGCUCUUGCAUGAGAGAAGAUUGCCCAUUGAGUUCAUAAAGUGUGAUAAAGAGGAAUAGGCCUAACCGCCCCUACCUAUCUUUUCUAAAGGUUGAAUCUCCUUAUCUCGAAGGGUCUUAUUCACACAGGAUACUGAUGUAAAGUAGUAGUGAAGAUCUGAAUGCUGAGUCAUCAAUUUUUCAGUGAUUUAAUCAACCAGUGAACUCAAAUAUCUGUUAGUCCAUAGGUUAUAAUAUCAUCUGGAUCAUAAACUAUUUAUUUCCUGCUAAUUUCGUUGAUAGCUAUGUUGCAAGGGAAUUGGUUGUUAAAUAUGUGCGCAUGUAGCAUGGAUUAAUCUAUAGAGGUUCAUGUUUAUAUGGUUCCUUUGUGGAA